AUGCGUGUCUUGAUUAGCGGAGCUGGAGUCGCAGGGCCAACUCUGGCUUGGUUCCUAGCUAGGACGGGUGCGCAGGUCACGAUUGUGGAAAAGAGCUCCUCGAUACUGCCACACGGGCAAAACAUUGACAUCAAGGACAGCUCGCUGACCAUCAUCAACAAAAUGGGCCUCAUGGACGAGAUUCGACGCUUCAACACAACGGAACAGGGCACCCGAUUCAUUGGCCCGAGCGGACAACCGUUUGCACCCUUUCCUGUCAAAGAGGGCCACAUGUGUAGCCCGUCCUCGGAGUUUGAGAUUCUUCGCGCAGACUUGGCCAAGGUUCUCUACAAUGCCACCAAAGACCAUGCCAAUAUCCAGUAUCUCUUUGGCACCGCGGUCAGCAAGGUCAUUUCCAACAACGACAAGGGGGUCAGGGUCGAACUCUGCAAUGGCGAGGUACACGACUUUGGUCUGUUGGUCGCUGCCGAUGGGCAAUGGUCCAAGUUGCGAAAGCAGUGCUUUGACGCAGACCAGGUCAAGGUGGUCCCUCAAGGCAUGUAUGCCGUCUACUAUACCAUUCCGCGCCUCCCCAGCGACGACAACUGGUGGAACGUCUACGUCGCACCACAAUCCAGGAUCAUCACCCUCCGACCUGACCCGUACGGUACCACUCGAGCCAUGUUUACCCUAGUACCUCGCACCAAGGCCCAGGCAGAGGCUUGGAAAGAGGCUGCCCGGGGUGGCAGACGUGCGCAGCAAGAACUUGUCAAGCUAGAGUUUGCCGGCGCUGGGUGGCAGGCAGAGAGACUGCUAGACAACAUGGGCCAGGCAGAUGACUUUUACUUUCACGUCAUUGAACAGAUUCAAAUGACCAAAUGGUCCAACUCGCGAAUCGUCUGCCUUGGGGAUGCGGCCUAUGCCCCGACACCAUUGACGGGCAUGGGGACUUCGCUGGCCAUAAUAGGGGCCUAUCUACUGGCGGGAGAGUUGAGCAAGCUCGGCAAGGGAGAGCACCCUGACAAGGCACUCCAAGCGUAUGAAGGCAUUUUUCGUCCCUACGUGGAGGAGUCGCAAAAGAUUAUGCCCAUCUUUCCAGGUAUCGCACACCCCGAGGGUCCUCUAGGACGAAGGCUUCUUAAUGGCCUGGUCUGGACCAUUUCCAAGGUUGUUACAAUCCCGUGGCUAGCCAACAGGAGCGUCAACAAGGAUAUCAAGGGUGACAAUUUUCCCUGGCCAGAGUAUGAAGCCUUUGAUGAAAGCUCGACUCGUCGCACUGCGUCGGCGUUGCCUCUACACACACAAUGA